CACGUUCGAUUAAAUCGCUGCAGCUGCGCCUCUGACACGGAACACAAGGGCAGUUUUGAAGCAAACACCUCUAUUUUCGAAGCUGAACAGACGAAAUGGCAUGCCACUGGCCCAAACCUGCGCCCCAUCAGAGACACGGGACCGCCUGGAAAUCACGCAGCGGCAGGAACAUAACACCAGAGCGCACCUGCUUUGGUGACGCUCGCCAUGGGAAAGAGGUCAUCUUUCGGCCCCUACCCGCACCCCACCAGACGGCCGGCGUCGGCUUCAGUUGACCCGGACACGCGUGCCAUUCAAAAACACGCGAUCACCUGGAAGGCACGCAGUGGCAGGAGCAUAACACCAGGAACCGUCACCGGGCAAGCAGGGCGCAGCUGUUUUCGGCACCGGCCGCCGUGCGAAAUGGGUCAUCUCUCGACUCCCACACCCUACCCCCCCCCCACACACCAGACGGCCGGUGUCGGCCUGCGAUCACCAUCGGCAUGGAGGGCACGUCUGGCAGGGCGGGCAUCGGGGGAGAGGGGGAGCUAAAAGAAGAAAAGUAUUGCUAUUUCAGGCCGCUCGGUAUUAAUCAAGGACUCCGCCGAAUUCCGGGACAUUGAGCACCAUUAUGCGGUGACCCAUAUGCAGCUGGACCGCCGCUCCGCCUCUCCCCAUCCUCCGCGACCGGCGUCAGGAGUGCGUCUGAGGCUCGAAUGGAAGAUGGAAAUGUGGGCGGAGCUACGACACCAUGGCAGCUGGCCCUGAGGUUACAUUUUUGUGGGAAGGGGUGGGAGCUUAUGAGUUCCCACCUAUCAGAGAAAGGAAAAUUCGAAAUAGGAGGAGCACCGUUGAAGACAAAAUAUCACCAUGACUACGGCCCCCGGAGGGCGCGCUGCAAAAGUUGGACGAUUUAAAGCUCAAAUCCAGGGUCAAACUGAUGGAAACAUGAACCUUUUUGGCAAGAAAUACAACCGAUAUCGACAGAAAAGGGGCGGAGCGAAGUUGAGGAUUCAGAAGAUGGCCCGAGGAGGCGGCGAGAGGGAUACAAAAAGGGCAGAAAAGGGAGAGGAGGGGCUCAGGACAACAAGGACAGACAGAGACAGUGGAGCACAGUCCAGUCGGUGGUGACGCAAGAGGUGGACGGGUCGGCGCCGUCUGGCGCCUGCCCUCAUCUCUAUCUCUCCGGUCAUGGCCAGCUUCCCGCCGCCGGCUCGACGACCCAGAGGGCUGACGCCAGUAAACAAGUAAGUCCCUGCACGGGAGCCAAGACCUGCUCGCCGGUCACAUUCGCAGUCUGCGCCGGCGGUACCACGCCUCGUCUGCUCGUCUCAAUCUCUCGUCAUUCAACGGUCAGCUCAGCGCCACCCAGUCAGCCAUUGUAUCAAAUUUGGCACCCAGCACCAAAAGGUAUAAGAUAGGGGGUCAUCAACAUGGCUGCAUUAUACGUUGUCAACACGCUGCAGAGAGUCCCAGAACAGCGUGCAGCAGCGAGUGAAGCCAUGGCGCCCGUUCAAUACCUUCCACUGCUGGUCUUGCUCUUAUUGGGACUACUGGCCACGGGCGGCGUGUCGGCGGCGCCUCAGCUGCAGGCGCUGGGUGAUGUGCUCGGAGUGGUGGGAACGCUGCCGAAAGUGUUAGAAGUCGUACCCAAAGUGGUGGAAACGGUACCGAAAGUGGUAGAAACGGUAUCGAAGGUGGUAGAAACGGUACCGAAAGUGGUAGAAACCGUACCGAAAGUGGUAGAAACGGUACCGAAGGUGGUAGAAACCGUACCGAAAGUGGUAGAAACGGUACCGAAAGUGGUAGAAACGGUACCGAAGGUGGUAGAAACGGUACCAAAGGUGGUAGAAACCGUACCAAAAGUGGUAGAAACGGUACCGAAAGUGGUAGAAACGGUACCGAAGGUGGUCGAAAAGGUACCUAAGGUGGUCGAAACGGUACCUAAGGUGGUAGAAACGGUACCGAAGGUGGUAGAAACGGUACCCAAUGUGGUAGAAACGGUACCAAAAGUGGUAGAAACGGUACCGAAGGCGGUAGAAACGGUACCCAAGGCGGUAGAAACGGUACCGAAAGUGGUGGACGUGGUAAAAGAUGUACCCAAGGUUGUUGGAGCGGUGGACAAAGUGGGCUAAGGCGGUCGAACGUUGAUACAGAACAUCAAGAAUAGAUCCUCCACUCACAAGGUCGGGCUUAUGCAGACCGCAAAAUGCCGUACCGAAAAAUAAAUGUGAAGUCGAAUCGAUGCAUCUUUAUGUUUCAUAUUCACCCAUACCUCGUCGAGUUUUAGCACUUCGUCAAAUCGCAGCCGAUUGUAAAUGCGCUUGGAAAUAAACGUUGACGUGUGUUGUUAAC